AACUUCUCGAUGAUGUAAAAAUGAAGACUAGGGGAGAAAAUCUGACCCUUCUUUAAAUUUUUAAUACUAGAUUCUAGAUUUAGAUCUAGAUCUAGAUAUCUAGAUCUAGCUUCUAAAGUCUAGUUACAUUCUAGAUUUAGUUUAACUAAAUGGUUUAUAAUUUUUGUAGGGGAAAUAACUACUACAAUAAAAUAUAGUCACCCUGUUUCCUCAUCAUAAUAUGUAAGCUGGUUUCAAAGAGAGCUAAAAAUGGACCACUUUGACUCUUAUGAAACCCAGUAUAAGCUGUACUUACAGAAAAAUAGCCAUAUUAUGAGGGAACCCCACCUGGAUCCCCAGAAUGGGCUGUUCCUACAGAACAAUAGCCAUAUUAUGAGGGAACCCCACCCAGAUCCCCAGAAUGGGCUCUUCCUACAGAACAAUAGCAACAUAAUGAUGACACCAUACCCUGAAAUAGCGAAAAUCCUUGUUGCAGAUCACAGUUUGUACCAAAGUGACUAUCUUUAUGGUCCCACACCACUUGAGGACCUGCAAGAAGCAUUUCAGUCUCAAGUCUGCGACUCUGAACUUUGGGACACAGCUUCGUGUGAGCAAUGGGAAACACCCUCAAAUAACUAUAUGAAAUAUCCGGAUUUUAUGGAGGAAAAUUACCCAGAGUGUAUCAUUUCAAGUGAAUCAGAGGAUGAAAUGUUAACAGUCCAUUUUGAGCAGCAGAAAAGUUUUAGGUGUAAUCUUUGCACAUUCUCAGCUGUACACCAUUCUGGAUUAAAAAGACACAUGGCAGUUCAUUCUGAUGAACGUCCUUUCAAAUGUCACAUAUGUACCUACGCUUCUAAACACAAAGAUUACUUAAUCAAGCACAUAAAAAGGCAUUUAGAGAAAGAAACAAAAAAGUCAGAGAAAAACUCUGGCGACCAGCAUCUUGAACUGACCAAAAUUCUCUCCAUUUUGAAAAAUUACAAAAAAGAAAAGAAGGAAGAAAAACAUGUGAGUAAUGUGAGUACAUCUUCAGCUCAUUUAAAAGCAGGAGCAGCACUUGCCCAGGAGCUCAUAAAAAGAAAAGUGCGGGUGGUAUUGACACGCCUCGAGUUGCCUUACAAGUGUGACACCUGUCAUCUGUCAUUCUUGACCCCUGCUGAUCUAGGCCAGCAUAACAAGCGUGACCAUGUCAGCAGGGUGGAGGAGAAUGUAGCCAGCUUUUCCUGCACUCAGUGCGCUGCAGUUUUGAUCAACUUUGAUGAGAUGAAUGCUCACAUCCAUGCUCAUAUUACAAAUGAGUGGAACCAGAUGUCUCAAGAUGAUCAGCUCAAAGAACAACUGUCUCCUGCAGGGUCUACUACUGUGCCAGAAACUCAGAUGUCAGAUGUAGAACCUGCUGUCCCGACAAAAGUAAACAUGUCACCUACUAUCCUGCCAAACAUUCAAAUGUCACCAGCUGAAGCAACAGUCGUGCCAGAAACUCAAAUGUCAGAUACAGAACCUGUAAUCAUACCAAACACACAAAUGUCACCAGCUGAACUUACAACCCUGCCUCAAACUCAAAUGUCACAUAUGGAAUCGGUGAGCCUGCCUAAGUUUGAAAUGUCACCUGUAGAAACUAUUUCUGCACCGGUAGCUAUCCUGUCUACAGCGCAGAUGUCACCUACUCCCCUGCUUGAAGUAGAAAUGUCUCCUAUUGAACCGGUUAUUCUGCCUAAAGUUAAAAUGUCAUCACUAGCACCUGCUAACUUACCUGCCACAAAAAUGAUAUCUCUAACACCUGCUAACUUACCUGCAACAAAAAUUUCUACAAAACAAGUUGCCCCACCCAAAAUGAGCCUCAGGAAGAAAACUAGCAUGAAGUCCCAGCCAGUGAGAAAGCCGAGCCUGAGGCCCACUUCCAAACACAACUCUUGUACUUUAUGUCACUUCCAGUUUUCCUCUCCCACAAAGCUUAAGCUGCAUGGGAAGUCUCAUCUAGAAGCAAACCAGGAUCAAAGUCAACUGUAUAAGAAUCUCAUCACCAAGUCUCUGAGAGUCACAAUAGAGAGAUUAAAAUUUCCACUCAACUAUAUGACAAGUGAUCCCAACAACAUGACGCAUGAUCCCAACACUGUGACUCCCAGCAACGUGAUGAGUGAUCCCAGCAACGUGAUGAGUGAUCCCAGCAACGUGAUGAGUGAUCCCAGCAACGUGAUGAGUGAUCCCAGCAACAUGAUGAGUGAUCCCAGCAACGUGAUGAGUGAUCCCAGCAACGUGAUGAGUGAUCCCAGCAACGUGAUGAGUGAUCCCAGCAACGUGAUGAGUGAUCCCAGCAACGUGAUGAGUGAUCCCAACAAUGUGGUGAGUGAUCCUAGCAACGUGAUGAGUGGUCCUAGCAAUGUUGUGAGUGAUCCCAGCAACGUGAUGAGUGAUCCCAGCAACAUGAUGAGUGAUCCCAGCAACGUGAUGAGUGAUCCCAGCAACGUGAUGAGUGAUCCCAACAAUGUGGUGAGUGAUCCUAGCAACGUGAUGAGUGGUCCUAGCAAUGUUGUGAGUGAUCCCAGCAACGUGAUGAGUGAUCGCAACAAUGCGUUGAGUGAUCCUAGCAAUGUGGUGAGUGAUCCUAACAAUGUGGUGAGUGAUCCUAGCAAUGUUGUGAGUGAUCCCAGCAACGUGAUGAGUGAUCCCAACAACGUGAUGAGUGAUCCCAGCAACGUGAUGAGUGAUCCCAACAAUGUGGUGAGUGAUCCAAACAAUGUGGUGAGUGAUCCUAGCAACGUGGUGAGUGAUCCUAGCAACAUAAUGAGUGAUCCCAACAACGUGAUGAGUGAUCCUAGCAAUGUGGUGAGUGAUCCCAACACUAUGAUGAGUGAUCUAGUCCAUUUUGCUCACCAUAAGCUGUCAGAAUGCAAACAACGUCCAAGGAAAAAGACUUAUAGCUGUGUACACUGUGAUUCAAUCUUUAAAACUCUGGUAACAUUGAGACACCACACAAAAUUUGAGUGUCAAAAUAAGUUGCAGAUGACAGAAGCACAUCCUGACCCUGUCAUACAGAUGACAGAAGCACAACCUGACCCUGUCAUACAGACGACAGAAGCACAUCCUGACCCUGUUAUACAGAUUACAGAAGCACAACCUGACCCUGUCAUACAGAUGACAGAAGCACAACUUGACCCUGUCAUACAGAUGACAGAAGCACAACCUGACCCUGUCAUACAGAUGACAGAAGCACAACUUGACCCUGACUUAGAAAUGACAGAAGCACAACCUGACCCUGUCAUACAGAUGACAGAAGCACAACCUGACCCUGUCAUACAGAUGACAGAAGCACAUCCUGACCCUGUCAUACAGAUGACAGAAGCACAACUUGACCCUGACUUAGAAAUGACAGAAGCACAUUCUGACCCUGUCAUACAGAUGACAGAAGCACAACUUGACCCUGACUUAGAAAUGACAGAAGCACAACCUGACCCUGUCAUACAUAUGACAGAAGCACAACUUGACCCUGACUCAGAAUUGACAGAAGCACAAGCUGACCUUGACUUUGAAAUGACAGAAGCACAACCAGACCCUGUCAUACAGAUGACAGAAGCACAACCAGAUCAGGAUUUGAAUGUGGCUGGGCCGACUUUGAAAACAUUGGAAAUACGUUUGUCACCAUUGAAACCAACAUUUACGUGUCAGCAAUGUCAUUUGUCUUAUUUCACAAACUGGGAGUUGCAAAAGCACAACAAUACCCAGCAUAUCAUACGGGAGCUUCAAGAACACAAUACCCAGCAUAUCAUACGGGAGCUUCAAGAACACAAUACCCAGCAUGCCAUGCAUGAGGACGGAGAAUAUGUUUGCACCCUUUGCAAUGUCAGAUUUCAUGCUUUACAGGACCUAACCCAGCAUGUGACCUCUCAUGAGCAGGUGAGUGCAACAUUUGAGUGCGCACAUUGUCAUUCAAAGUUUCAUACUUUUAACCAGCUCAGUGAGCAUAUGCAAGACCAUUUUAAAAAUAUACUUCCUAGUAUUCCAAACCAAACUGAUUCAACCACCCACAAGCAGGCAAAGAAGAAAAAAGAAAAAGCCAUUGAAUGUCUGCACUGUCAUUUAAAAUUAAAUAGUUUCAAGCGCUUAAAAAAACAUAUCUUAGAUCAUAUGGAGAAAAAUGACAUAGUUGAAAACAAAGUUUCAGUUACUUUAAAUCUCCAGAGUUUAAAGAAGAAAAGUCAUUCUAAAACCCAAAAGAUAUUCCAGUGUGAUCAGUGCUCCAUGGUGUUUAAGUCUUCAAAAAAGUUAAAGAAACAUGCUGUGAAAAAUCACAAACCAAAUAAGAAACCUUUAAAGGUAGAAAUGAAGUUGAAAAAGCCUGUACCAGUAGAGAAACCAUUGAAUAAAAUACGUAAGCCCCAAAAGUGGGAAAAAAUCCAUGAGUGUCUACAGUGUCAUAAGAAGCUUACCUCCCCCAAAAGAUUGCAAAAUCAUAUGUCAAUACAUGUUGGAAAGGAAAAUGUCAACCGAGGUAAUCUGCCCGCUGCUGAGAAGACACAAACCCAGAUGCCAAAUGAAAUAGAGUGUGCACACUGUCAUUCCAAGUUUAUUACUUUGGAAGAAUUAGAAGAGCAUUUUCAAAAUCAUUCAGUCUGCAUUAUGAAACAGGCAACAGUGUCAGGAGGUGAGCAGAAAGUAGCCAGUUGCAGCAGGCAGUCUGCUGCUAAUCAAGUCUUGGAGUGUAAUCAAUGUAAACAGCAGUUCAGAAAUCAGAAGGAUCUAACAAACCAUUAUCAGACUCAUUUUAACUACCCAACCCAUAAUGGACCUAGCCACUUGAGUGUUGGACCUUCAGUUAACACAACAGCAAACAACAGAUUUGAAUGCACGCUGUGUCGUCUUAGAUUUGAAAGCUUCAAGAGACUGGGAGAACAUUUCCAAUCACACAUGACCAGGGAGAACCCAAACAGGUCAAAUCUAGACACACCAAAAAACCUGACUCAAAGAGCAGCAGAGAGAAAGACUGUAAGAAUUGAGGAAGUUUAAAUGACACCAGGCCAUCUGUAUAAGUAUUUGAAAUCAUAUCCGACUUGUCUUGUGAGGUGAGGUGAAUGAUUGAUUUCCCAGAAAUAUGUGGCCAAUUCUUCUACUUUUUAAAUGACUGAUAUAUUAUAUUAAUGUUCAUAUUGAUAUAAUUUAAAUUACUUUCAUUUUUAUUGUACUUGUUGAAAAGGAAUAUGUUAUAAUACUGUAGAUCUAAAAUUGUACCUGUAGAAUAGUUUUGCUUCAUACGUCCAACUAAUCCAUGGAGGAUUAUAUUUGAUGGUACUGUAAUAUUUAUGUUAAUCAGGUCCAAAUAAUUGAGGUUUUUUUAACAUGAUACUGUAAUAAUUAUGAUGUGUGCCUUGGCGCUCUAGACAUGUGCUGAUCAUAUGUCAAAUUUAAUUUAAAAAUUAAAGUUUUUAACCUUUUUUUUUAUAACAACCAGAUAUCUAUUUACUAAAAAAAAACAAUUUCUCGUUAUUUAUGUAAAGUGAAGAAAAAACAAUUUUAGCAUAGAAACAGGUUUGUUUUCAGAAAACCUAAAAUUUUUGUAAUUAAAUAGCUAAUUAUUAUCUUUAAUAAACAAUUUUGUUGGGCAAUUUGGCCAUCUGGGUGUUUGGCUGUUAAGGAAAUUUUGCAGACCUGUCCUGCAAUAAUUAAUUAUGGAAUUUGUGUUGAUUAAAUGUAGUAGCCUUUUAAAACAAUGCAUGUUGGGUGAAUCAUGGGCUACCCUGGGGGAUUGUUUUAUUCCUUAAUCUGUAUGGUUUUUGUUUACCCUUGAUAUUCUAACAGUUAAGAUUCAAAGCCCUUGAUUCCCUACAGUACUUGAUGCACAACAAUUAUUUGCACACCUGAUUAUUUUAACCUAGAAAAAGCUUUUUAGGGUUUUUUAAAUGCAAUUUCUAAGUAAUGUUAUGUACUUCAGGCUAAUUACUUAAUUACUGAAGUACUUAAAUACUUACACAGAUAAGAGAAAGGAAACAUGAGCCUUACAUUAGGAAAGAACCCUAUGAUUAAAAUUGGAGUCCCAGUGAUCUUUUAAAACUCACACUUUAGUUUUUUAAAACCUACACAUGCCUAUCGGGGAAGGUUAAUUAAUUUUUAUUUAGCAAUAAGAUUAACUGACUGCUGAUCAUUUAUUAUUUUUAUCCAACACAUGAUUAGGAAUUAUAAACAGAGGGCCAUAUUCUAAAGGCUUUAAAAAUUGAAUCCUUACCUCUUGAACAAUGUUCACAUGCAUUUUACUUUGAAAAAGCAAAAAUUAAAAUUUCAAUGACAUUCAGUGCUCCAUAUCAGAAAGUUUGAAUUCUGAACCUCAAAUGAGUAGAAACAGCAAAUUUUGUAACUUUUUAGAGAAAAUAUAGGACAACAGCAUCUAAUUAUAUAUCUAUUCAUUGUAUUGGUUGACAGUAGUAGACCACUUAGGUUUAUAAAGUAAAUUUGUUAAAAGUAAUUUUUUAAGUUCUGUAUGCUGAUUCUGAUAGUAUAAACAUUAAUAUCAGAUAGUUAUUUACUUAUUAUCAUUGUAUUAUUUUAAAAAAUAGUCAUAUAUCAGUAGUUGAAUAUGUUUUAGUUUGUUAAAAAAAUAAUGAUGGAUUUUUUAAUGUGUUGAUCCAGAUUUUUAAUGUUCUGUUACUUGAAAUUUUAUGUUUGCAAAGUUUCAUGUGUUUAAUCACUUGCCAAUUUCUUUUGGUUAAGAUAGAACUUAGCAGCAUUUUUCAGAUAGCUGUAAAGUUGCAAAACAUUUUCAAACGUGUGCUGAUGUGUUAAUAUACAAUGGGGAAACAUUUAAUUUCUUACAGACUUUAAAAAAAUAAAUUAACAUAGACUUACCCAAACCUAAAAGUUUACCCAAAUCAAGGAUGUUUGCUGUGUCAAAAAUAGACCACUCAUCACAUCUGACUUUUUUUAGAUGCCACUUACAAAUGUUUCUCAUCUUAUGUUGUAGACCACAUAGUUACACUUGUUGUAUCAUUUGAGUUGUAGGUUGUUCAAAUAAACCUUAAGAGAAACUUAUACUGCUCUAAUAUCUAAGGUUACAUCAAGUUGUUAAAAUCAGCACUAAGAGAAACCCUUGCUAUCCUAGUUCUAUUAUGAUUUAAAGAAUCUAUUAACAUGUUACUGUUUGAUGAUUAACUGUUCAAUAAAUUGUUUUGAUAUUUGC